AUGGCCUCUGUAACAUUUUCAACAGUGAACACAUGCACCUCUAUAGGAAGGGAAAAGCACACAGUGGUUGCUGAUAUGGAUGGAACCUUGCUUAGGGGUCGAAGUUCAUUUCCAUAUUUUGCUCUUGUGGCCUUUGAAGCUGGUGGGGUAUUGAGGCUUUUGUUUUUUCUCUUGGCUUCACCUAUUGCUGGCCUUCUAUAUUACUUUAUAUCUGAAUCUGCUGGGAUUCAAGUUUUGAUCUUUGCAUCAAUGGCUGGCAUGAAAAUUUCCACCAUUGAGUCAGUGGCGCGUGCUGUUCUUCCCAAGUUUUAUUCGGAUGAUCUUCACCCUGAGAGCUGGCGCGUGUUCUCUUCCUGUGGGAAGAGGUGUGUGCUCACAGCAAAUCCAAGGAUCAUGGUGGAACCUUUCUUGAAGGAUUUCUUGGGUGCUGAUAUGGUUUUGGGAACUGAGAUUGAAAGUUAUAAGGGAAGAGCAACUGGGUUGAUUUGCAAGCCUGGAGUACUUGUUGGAAGUAAAAAAGCAGAUGCUUUGAAGAAAGCUUUUAGAGAGGAACAGCCAGAAAUUGGACUUGGAGAUAGACUCACUGAUGCUCCCUUCAUGGCUUUGUGCAAGGAGGGUUACAUAGUACCAGCCAAACCAGAGGUAAAAGCAGUAAAAAGUGACAAGCUCCCAAAGCCCAUCAUUUUCCAUGAUGGAAGACUUGUGCAAAAACCAACACCACUCAUUGCAUUGCUCAUCAUUCUUUGGAUCCCCAUAGGGUUCCCUUUAGCAUGUUUAAGAAUAGCUGGAGGAUCACUCUUACCCAUGAAGAUGGUCUACUAUGUCUUUUGGGCACUUGGUGUCCGUGUCAUUGUUAAGGGCACACCACCACCCCCAGUGAAAAAAUCCAACACUGAACAAUCUGGGGUUCUCUUCAUUUGCUCCCACAGAACCCUACUUGAUCCAAUCUUCCUCUCCGCCGCGCUUGGCCGCUCGAUACCGGCAGUGACCUACUCGGUCUCCCGCCUCUCCGAGAUCAUCUCCCCCAUAAAAACCGUUAGGCUCAACCGCGACCGUGCCGCGGAUGCAUCCAUGAUCAAGAAGCUAUUGCAAGAAGGUGACUUGGCCAUAUGCCCUGAAGGGACAACUUGUAGGGAACCUUUCCUUCUUAGGUUUUCUGCUUUGUUUGCUGAACUAACUGAUGAGCUUGUUCCUGUGGCUAUGGUGAACCGUAUGAGCAUGUUUCAUGGAACCACGGCUAGAGGGUGGAAAGGGAUGGACCCAUUUUACUUCUUCAUGAACCCUAGCCCUGCUUAUGAGGUCACAUUUUUGAACAAGUUGCCCAAAGAGUUAACUUGUAGUUCAGGAAAAUCAAGCCAUGAAGUUGCAAAUUAUAUACAAAGGGUCAUAGCUUCAACUUUGUCGUAUGAGUGCACUAGCUUUACUAGAAGAGAUAAGUACAGAGCACUUGCUGGUAAUGAUGGAACUGUGGUGGAGAAGCCUCAGCUUAAGGCCAACAAAGUAAUGGGUUGCUGA